GACCAAUGUAACUUUUGAAAACUUACGGAACUAGCACGGGACUCCCGGUUUGAAAACUAAGUCCGAAACGGCACUUUUCUCGCACCUAAGCUUGAAAAUAGUCCAUCGGGGGGCCAAAAUCGUAUAACGGUCAAGAAAAGGUCCGGAGAACACCUCAAACACCUAGGGAGGGACCAACGUGAGUCGUGGAAACUUACGGAACUCGCAUGGGACUCCCGGUUAGAAAACUAAGUCAAAAGUAAAUCAAUUUUUAAUUAACUCGAAUUUAAUUAUAAUUUAAGUGAAAAUAACUUUUCAAAAGUCAUUUGCAUUGAACUAUUUUUUAAAAUUUUUUAUUCACUAAAAACUACAUUGGUAAAGUCGUGUUCUUGAAAACGGCUUUGCUAAAGCUGUCUCACCGAUAAUGGGAAUAAAGAAGAAAAAGACACCCUAGACUGCGACUAAAAUUUUGAAAAUGGCAUAAUCAGGGAAACUGGCCUAAAUGUAGCCUUUCGCUCUCUCACUCACUCUCUCGUUCUUUCAUCUCUCUCUCUAGCAAUCAGUGAUCGGCCGGCGAGACAGCUGAUGGUGAUCGAAUCAGGUUCGCCUUUGCAACACAUUCGGUUGAUCCAAUUAAUUCCAAAUCGAGAUCGUACGACCUCGCUCUCAAAUUCGAUCCGCCCAAUUUCAAAGAGUUUUAAAAGGCUGAUAGAGUUUAUGAAAUGUUGCACCGGUUGCGUGUCACGGUGAGGCAGGUCACGGAAGAGACUGCUGGGGUUGUGGAGCGUUGGUUUGAGUCUGAAUGGGCUGCAGAGGUUGGGGAGGUGAAUUGGGAUGUGGGUAAGGUGAGGGAAGAGGUUGUGAAGGGAGGAGGGGGUGGCAUGGACAAGGGUGGCUCGGAAAUGGGAAUUGGAGAGUUACGAGGAUGCAAAUGGAUGAAAUGGGUGUGUGCCUAUCGUGUGGAGAGAAGCUUGUUAGCAUUGAUAUUGAUCCUAAAGAGACUGAAAACUUCACUGCUUCAUUGACCAAUUUGGUACGCCAAAGAGAGGUUGAGGCUGAUUUUAUGCAGUUUCAGGGGUGGGGUUUGAGACUGCAGUCUGCUCCUAAUGGCUGCCAAGUUAUCGAUGGUGCAAAUGUGGGGCUUAUUAAUAGGCAUAAUUUCAACUUUUCCCAGCUUAAUUCUAUUGUAAAUCAGUUACAUCAAAUGAGGCCAUCAAAGAGAUUACUACUUCUUGUUUUGCAUAAAAGUCAUGUUACUGGUGGUCCAGCGCAGAGUCAUAACAACAAGAAGCUGUUAGAGAAUUGGAAAAGGUCUGGUGCACUUUAUGCUACUCUUGCCGGUUCAAAUGAUGAUUGAGGUUUCUCUUUCCUUCCGAUUUGUGCCCAAUAAAGCGUGUGGAUUAUUGGACUAUAUGGAGGUUCUGCUUUCCCUUCGGCUAGCCACCGGUAAAGUGUGGCACUUUGAGGUAAGUUCCAGAUUUCCUUCCAAAUUAGUGCUUGGUAAACUGUGUUGGAAUGACAUAACGAAGCCGGUUGUUAAUUGUGUUGUGUUCGUCACUUGGUUGCAUGAUUGUGUUGAUAUGUGCGCUAUGGUGAAAUUGUGUUGGAGAUUGAAAGUGUGUAAUUGAGAUAGUUUUGUAAUGAAUUGAAUGCUAUCGCUUGUCUAUAUGUUAAAUGUUGGUAUGUACAAUUGGUGUUUUAUUGAUUGUAAUAACAGUUGAUUGUGAAAUUAUUGUUUUUGGGUUAAAGAUUAGUAUGAGUGUGUGAUUGAUUGGUUUAAAACUUCUUUCUAAAGUAAAGGAGAUAUUGAAGCAUUUCAUUUAAAUUGCUAAUGAUAAGGUGAAAAGAUAAUAAAUAAGUUUUUCCUUGAAAUAUCAAGUGGAAUAUUUUCUUCUUUUUAUUUAUUUUUAAAUGAAAGUAUAUAUUUAUGUAUGUUUUAUUUUGGAUAUAAAAGAGCACGUUACUUAUCUAAAUAUCACCUGAUAGUAUUCAUGAUCACAUAUAUCUAUAGAUCUCAUUAUUUUGCAUCAUUGUAAAUCCCUACUGGACCUUGUGCUCAUCUCAAUCGUUAAAUCAUUGUUUAGGUGUGGAGUUUGUUGUCUCGUUCAAGAAUUCAAGGAGUUAGGUUACUAAUGAUUCGAGAUUUGUUACUCACCGGUGAAAAUGCCAAUGUGUUAUUACUCUCUUUAUUAUAAUUAUUGCAUUUUUGAAAUUCUCAAUGUAAGCCUAAGGGCAUAUUUUGUAAUGAUCCGUACUAAACUUGUACCAUUGUAUUUAUGCGAGAGGGAACCUUGAAUAUCCUAUGUA